ACGUCACGGCCGUUGUUUCCAAUGUCGGCUGCUGUCGCCCUCGCGUAGGAGGCCGUUCGGCGCACAAGUUCUCCCGAGAAAAAUUCAAGCUCCAGGUCGUCGACAGCCGCCGGUACCGUGACGCCCAGUACGGGGCCCGGAUGACACAGAGAACGAGGUAAAGUGCGAACGUGAAUUGGAACGCCCCUGACUAACAGGACACUUUAUAUCCCGCUGCACAACCGCCCAACACGGAAGAUCCUCUCCCGUCCCCCCUCGCCCUCUCUGUUGGAGCAUGGCUCAGGAGACCAAUCAGACCCAGGUGCCGAUGCUGUGCACGAUGGGAUGCGGUUUUUACGGUAACCCCCGCAACAACGGCAUGUGCUCGGUCUGCUACAAGGAACACCUACAGAGACAACAGGGAGGGGGGAGAUCCAGUCCCCCGGGGGAGAAAGCCGCAACGUCGCCGUCGGGGAUGCCGGGGCCCGCUGACGUCGUCGCGGAGGGCACAGCCCCCCCGCCCAGCGCAGAGGCGGCGGCGGCGUGGACCUCACCCGACGAACCGACAUCCAGCGUCAGUCCCGGCUCGGCCAGUCCAGUAACUCAACAGAUGACGGCCAUGAGCAUCUCCCAGGACUCGGGCGCCGUCGACUCGGACCGAGCGGAGGCUGACGACGCCGAAGACGAGGAAUUGUCCAGCACCUCAGCAGAGCCAGCGGGAGAAGCGGCGCAGACCUCUGACGGCGAGCAGACUCCUGAUAAAAACAAGAAAAAGAACCGCUGCUUUUCUUGCAGGAAGAAAGUUGGCCUCACUGGUUUCGACUGCCGCUGCGGCAACCUCUUCUGUGCCAUCCACCGUUACUCCGACAAACAUGACUGUCCCUACGAUUACCGGAGCGCCGCCGCCGCCCGCAUACGCAAGGAGAACCCCAUCGUGGUGGCCGAGAAAAUCCAGAAGUUAUGAAGACUCGAGUACGACGGCGGCGGCGACAGGCGCGCGCCUCUCUUGACAGUUGACAACAACGGUGACACCCGAUAUCAUGGCUACAUUCGUUCACGGUGAUCUUGGGGUGGGGGCGAUGGAGUCGCAGUCACUGUCCAGACACUUUCCCUUACUAGCAUCUAUCUCCACUUGUGACUGUUUUCUGUAUGAUUGUGUUUGUGUGCGAGGGUGUGUGUGUGGGAGAAGAGCAA